AUGGAGUAUCUAGGGAUUGAUGUCACUUGCGCCGUGAAUUCUCUCCGCCAUGGAAACUUCCCUGACAAGGAUUGCUUGCUCCCUCUCAUUUCCAAACUCCUCGGUUACGCCAUCGUCGCCGCUUCCACCACCGUCAAACUCCCGCAGAUUUUGAAGAUUCUGAAGCAUCAGAGCGUGAGAGGUCUCAGCAUGCUGUCUUUUGAGCUUGAAGUUGUUGGAUAUACCAUUGCUCUGGCUUAUUGUCUUCACAAAGGCCUUCCGUUUUCUGCUUAUGGAGAAUUGUUGUUCCUCUUGAUUCAAGCUUUAAUAUUGGUUGCCAUAAUCUACUACUAUUCUCGACCUGUGCGUACAGCAACAUGGAUCCGGGCAUUACUAUAUUCUGCUGCAGCACCCACUAUCUUAGCCGGUCAAAUUGAUCCUUUCCUCUUUGAGGCUUUGUAUGCAUCCCAACAUGCAAUCUUUCUUUGUGCAAGGAUCCCACAGAUAUGGCAAAACUUUUCUAACAGAAGUACAGGGGAGCUCAGCUUCUUAACUUCUUUUAUGAAUUUUGGAGGUUCAAUGGUUAGGGUAUUCACAACCAUCCAAGAAAAUGCACCAAAAAGUGUACUAUUGGGCUAUGCAAUUGGUGUUGCGACAAAUUUUACCAUCUUAAGUCAGAUAGUGUUAUACCAAAAGCCUCGAGCUGAGAAAGAGAAGAAAAUGGAAUAGAAGAACUGUAUCGGGCUGUGUAUAUCUCUUCAUCUUGUUCGACUCUCCACAGGUGCUGCAGCAUACAGGCCACUCAGAAUUUAAAGCCCUGGAUUGAUUCCCUGAACACUACCAUCUUAAGGUAGCCAACACUGCAUAAGUAACAGAUUAUUAUUAUCAAUUUUAUUUUGGACACCGAGACUCUUGCGCUUGUUUGUUUUUGUUAUUGUCUAUCAAGCUAGAAUUUAAAGGAUGCAUGCAGUUCUUUGUACGAAUUUCUUCCUUAUCCUAGAUGUAAGGCUUAGUUUAACUUCUGUUUUUUCAAUUAUAAAGUUGAGGUAAAAAAAUUAAAGACCUCUCUGGUUUCUCA